UACGCCGAGGCGGGCGGGCGGGCGGGCGAACGGAGGACCCAGACAAAUUGUUCUGGCUGGCCCCAGGGGGCAGAGGACAGCUUCUGUACGGAACCGAGAAAGGCGCGUGAGGCUGCGGGCUUGGUCCAGCCUCAGGCCCGGCGCGUGGACUGGAAUUCUGGCUGUGGGUGCGAGCUCGUGACUUGGCGCCACUGUGGUCGCGACGUGCUGAAAAAUAUAUUUUUAAAAAAUAUGGAUGAAGAACCUGAAAGAACUAAGCGGUGGGAAGGAGGCUAUGAGAGAACUUGGGAAAUUCUUAAAGAAGAUGAAUCUGGCUCACUUAAAGCUACGAUAGAAGACAUUCUUUUCAAGGCAAAGAGAAAAAGAGUAUUUGAGAACCAUGGACAAGUUCGACUUGGAAUGAUGCGCCACCUUUAUGUGGUAGUAGAUGGAUCAAGGACAAUGGAAGACCAAGAUUUAAAGCCCAAUAGAUUGGCGUGUACAUUAAAGUUGUUGGAGUACUUUGUAGAAGAGUACUUUGAUCAAAAUCCUAUCAGUCAGAUCGGAAUAAUUGUAACUAAGAGUAAAAGAGCUGAAAAACUGACUGAACUCUCAGGAAACCCAAGGAAACACAUAACAUCUUUGAAAAAAGCUGUGGAUAUGACCUGCCAUGGAGAACCAUCUCUUUAUAAUUCCUUAAGCAUGGCCAUGCAGACUCUGAAACACAUGCCUGGACAUACAAGUAGAGAAGUCCUCAUCAUCUUUAGCAGCCUUACAACUUGUGAUCCAUCCAAUAUUUAUGAUCUAAUUAAGACCCUAAAAGCAGCUAAAAUCAGAGUGUCUGUCAUUGGCUUGUCUGCUGAGGUUCGGGUUUGUACUGCACUAGCUCGGGAAACUGGUGGCACAUACCAUGUGAUAUUAGAUGAAAGCCAUUACAAAGAAUUGCUAACACAUCAUGUUAGUCCUCCUCCUGCCAGCUCAAGUUCUGAAUGCUCACUUAUUCGUAUGGGAUUUCCUCAGCAUACCAUUGCUUCUUUGUCUGAUCAAGAUGCAAAACCUUCUUUUAGCAUGGCGCACCUGGAUAACAGUUCUGAGCCAGGGCUUACAUUAGGAGGCUAUUUCUGCCCACAGUGUCGGGCAAAGUACUGUGAGCUUCCUGUUGAAUGUAAAAUAUGUGGUCUUACUUUGGUCUCUGCUCCCCACUUGGCAAGGUCUUACCAUCAUUUAUUUCCUUUGGAUGCUUUUCAAGAAAUGCCUCUUGAAGAAUAUAAAGGAGAAAGAUUUUGUUAUGGAUGUCAGGGGCAAUUAAAGGACCAACAUGUCUAUGUUUGCUCUGUGUGCCAGAAUGUGUUCUGUGUGGACUGUGAUGUUUUUGUUCAUGACUCUCUCCACUGUUGUCCUGGCUGUAUUCAUAAGAUUCCAACACCUUCAGGUAUUUGAUUGCAGUAUGAGUACACAUAGUGUGUUAAAAAGAAAUUUGUGCUGAGUGUGGUGGUGCACAUCUGUAAUCCUAGCACUCAGGAGGCUUUCACG